GCCAGAGUUAAGGUUCGAUGGAUCACACUAUCUCGCAACACGGUGACGGUGGAGCCAUCAACAACUCUGCCCAACGCCACAUUCAUUCCACCCUUCGCGCAUAUAAUCAAGCCCCCUUCAGUCACAGCUGAUGACCUUGAGAACAGCUACGAGGACGAUGAUAACGAGGAAUUUGACGAUAAUGGGUGUGUCCUUGAAGAACCUUCCACCUCCGACUUCUCUCCUCCUCCGAUUGAGAGUCUCCGCGAAGAUUGCGCCUUCUCCUCUUCACCGCCUAUCAUCCACACAUCAACUCCAGUGGUAUCGGGGGUUCCGGAAUCGCAGGAUUGGUCACAACUCAUCAGUAGAGUGGAGAAGAAGUUCUCGUGCCUACUCUGUGCGAAUUCUUCACCAUCGGUAUACUACUAUAAUGGACGGACGGAGGUCGUGUUUCAUGUGGUUACGAGGCAUCUCCUGCGGAAGGAGAUUGAAGAUGACUUAGCUCACCAUAUGAAGCUGACCAAUUCUUUAAAACAACGAAUUGGAGUUCUAUUCGUCGAUGGAAUGCAUAUUCGGUCUGGUGUGCACUAUAAGGAUGCAGAACGCGUUGAGGCGGCAUUGUUUCGCUCGGUUGAGUUACAUUUGCGAUGGAAAGCGUUGCCAGGGUUAGACCCUACUUCACCACCUCAGAAUAUGUUUACUUGCUCUGGUUGUCAGGCUGUUUUUCAAAAUGAACAGAUGGCAGUGAGUCAUAUUAAUCAAGAAUUGCGCUCCCAACUUCCAGAUUUUAUGCGAGCUCGUUCCUGCCCCUGGUCAUUGAGCACUCGUGAUGAAUGGGUGUGGUGUGUUCCUGACCUCCAAGUGUCUCCCAUCAUCUCUCUCCAUCCUCCACCCCUCCAUCUUUCCCUUGGAUCCUCACCUCCACGAGAAUUUUUCUCCGCAGCCUCACUUUCUGCCUCAGAUGCACUGUCAGGGUCUAGAGGCCUCCUCUUUGCCAGUAAUAUCUCACCUUCAUCGCAUAGUAGAAGACAGUAA